CGUUUGGCCACAACAUUCCGCUUAUUAAUAACCAUGCAUAUUCCAUGCUACCUCCCCUUAUCUCUCGCUGGCAGCAUGAUAUCAAGUAUAAAUCAUGGCGUUACAGUAACUUGGUGCUUGCGGGAUAUGUUCUAAAAGUGCACAUCCACAUAUCACCGCCAAUUCAAUAAUUAUCCCUCCCAACCGAAGCCAUGGUGAAAGUAAACCUAGGCGUCGCCCUUGUUUUCCUUCCGCCUAUAAGAGCGAUAUUAACCAACCCUGAAGUAUAUGAUGCGAUUAUCGUUGGUGGGGGUCCAGCGGGUUUCGUCCUCGCCUCGCGACUCUCAGAAAAUCCCGACUUCAAAGUGUUGCUCUUAGAAAAUGGCCCGAAUACUUACACCAACGAAAGUAUCACCACGCCACGAUUUGGGUUCCAAUUACAAGGGACACAGUUUUCAUGGAAUUUUACAUCCAUCCCGCCAGUCACCCUCAAUGGUGCCGCGCCGCCCUUGUAUCAAGGCAGUGGUUUUGGUGGUGGAUCAGCAAUCAACAUCAUGGCUUAUUGUCGCGGAGCUAGCUCUGUUUUCGACGAGUGGGCGAACAUAUCGGGCAUUGAAGGGUUACGGUGGGAUAAUCUCGUGAACUAUUUCGAGAAGAGCACAAAUUUGUUUGUACCUUCGGAUCGUGACUAUGAACAAACGAUUGACGUACAAAAAUUUGGCGACAACCAUGUCGACGUCAGCUACGAGUCAACCGGACAGCGACUUCCAAUUGAUGAUGCGUUUGUCAAUACGUGGGUUUCAAACGGAGCGAAAGAUGUGGAUUUGACAUCUGGUGAUGGCAUCGGUAUGAUUGUCGGUGGACCCCAUUCGAUCAAUGCAGCCAAUGCGACAAGAUCUUACGCCCUACCAGCAUAUGGAUUUCCAAUAGCUGGACGCCCGAAUCUCCAAUUACUCCACGGCCAUCGUGCCAUUAAAGUAAAUUUCGAGGGUACUAAAGUCGUAGGUGUGGAUUACGUCGACAUUUCGAGCAACAAGACUUACACGGUCAAGUCGAAUGAGACAGUCAUCAGUGCGGGAGCCGUCAAUUCUCCACGCCUACUUCUCCUCUCGGGUGUAGGUCCAAGGCGGCACCUUGGAGAGCUCGGAAUACCGGUGGUCGUAGACAGCCCUGAAGUAGGGUCCAACUUCCUUGACCACCAUUACGUCGUAACGAUGUUCAACGCCACGCCGGACAUUAUUACUGGCAAGCAACUUGAAGAUCCGGAACUACUCGCCGCUUUUCUCGCCGAGUAUAAGGAAAAUGCAACAGGCCCCCUUUCAACCCCAGGCGGCUCUUCGUACUUUGCGGAAAGGUUUUCAGACGAAAUCCUUGAUAGUCUCGGCGUUAACGUCACCUUCCCUAAGAGCUUACCUAAAGAUCGUCCUCAUGUACUUUACCAAUACUCAUCUACCGCUAUACUUACAGCGCCGAAAAACAUUAACGCUAUAUCCAUAUUCUCCGCCCUUGUGCAACCCGAGGCGCCGGGAUCCUUGCGACUCCGCAACGCAGACUGGAGGGACGAUCCAUUGCUUGAUACGAAUUAUUUCGGAUCCGAAUCAGACAUGGCUGCCGCGCUCUACGGCUACAAACGUCUACUAGCAAUGAUGCGCUCCGAUACCAUGCGCCAUGUAGUGGUUAACGAGAUAUACCCCGGUUCAAAUGUCACCAGCGAUGCAGAUAUUAAAGUUGCACUGAUGAAUGCGGCGCGGUCUUUCCGGCAUCCGGCGGGUACAUGCGCUUUGGGAACGGUGUUAGACCAGAGCUUUAGGGUGAAAGGCAUGGAGAACCUGAGAGUCAUCGAUUCGAGCGCCAUACCCCGCCUACCGACUUGUCAUUUGCAAGCUUCGGUGUACACACUUGCUGAGUUUGCGGCUACGAUUCUUAAAGAUGAACUUUACUAAAGUGUAAAGGAAAUAAAAGGGUUUAUAGAUUAUUAAGAAAUCUAAUAUUUUGAAUAUUUCAAACGAGGCUCGAUACUCUUAGGUUAAUAACUAUUAGUAGCUUGUGAGUGGU